CAAUUGGUCUUCCACGAACCUGCUCCAUGCAAUCGUCCGCCUGUCAGUCAGCUCCACAGUAUCCUCCUCCUCCUCGCUUGGCAUCAUCCCGGACUGUGCCCACCUUGUUCCAGCGACGAGCAACCCGAAAGCCAUCUGUUUGAAGUGAAUACGUCUCCAGCUAAAGCCGCCGGUCCGGCACGCAGUUUUUUUCUUUCCUCCUCCCAAUAUUUCAGGGCUGGUUGUCGUAGCCUCGUAUUUUUAACCGUAAAAAAUAUGAGUCAGGAUGUGAUGGGGGUGCUGUCCUGUUAUCGCUAGCUAGGCGGAUAAAUUCCUUCAACCAGGCUGCUGCUUCAAUCACUGCGGCUUCGACUCAGCGUUAGCCGGGAAGCUAGCGGGCUAGCAGGGCAGCUUCGGUAGUGUCUGAUUUAGCUAGUAGUCGCCGAGAAAACGGGGCUGCGGCGCGGAUAGUGCAAUAACCGUUACCACACUAACGUUAGCUUACCCACAGCGGCUCUUCGAGUUUAUUUUAGCUCGAACUAGCUAGCUAACUGUGCAUAGAUAUCAGCUGUUACGGGUUUGGAUGUCGCGACACUGCAGUUUUGAGCCACUUUUUUGGCGGAUUGUGAUUUAAAUCGGAGGCCACAAAAAAAAGAAGCUAGCAUUGGAGCUCAGAGGGCUUAAUGAUAUAAACAAAUAGCUAAUCUUGCUGUAACAUUAGCCGUAUUAAAGGCAGAGCAUCUCGGGGGAGAGGCCCUCACCGUCUUCCCUGGCUGCCUCCUUCCUCUGUGUGAAUCUCUCCCGUGAAUUAGCCGAGAACGCCUGGGCGAAGUCGCAGUUGUUCUCGGCUGGGGGGACAACUUGACAGCGAGGCCCCUGGCUUGUCUCCCCUCCCCUCCCCCCCAGUCCCGUCUAUCCAUCCAUCCAUCCAUCCGUCCAAGCCAGCCAGCCAACCCCGACGUUAGAAGACCACCUCCUCGCCUCAGACCGAAGCGAGGACCCGGGGAUUCGGGAUAAGCUGAAAUCGUGGGCAAAGUGUCAGUCGGGUCCCGUCUAAACCGGGCUGCCAAAACCAGAGGGGAUGACUCUGGAGUCCAUGAUGGCUUGCUGCCUGAGCGAAGAGGCGAAGGAGUCGAAACGAAUCAAUGCAGAAAUUGACAAACAACUCCGCCGAGACAAGCGAGACUCCAGGAGAGAGCUGAAAUUACUACUUCUCGGUACGGGAGAAAGUGGCAAAAGCACCUUCAUCAAACAAAUGAGGAUCAUCCAUGGAGCGGGCUACUCCGAUGAAGACAAAAGAGGCUUCAUUCGGCUUGUUUACCAAAACAUCUUCACCUCCAUGCAGUCCAUGAUCCGCGCCACUGAGACCCUCAAGAUCCCCUACAAAUUUGAACAGAACCGGUCUAAUGCCAUGCUUGUGAAGGAAGUGGAUAUUGAGAAGAUCAAUGGAUUUGACCACCCCUACAUCGCAGCUAUCAAAAGCCUGUGGGCUGACCCGGGGAUCCAGGAGGCCUACGACCGCCGCAGAGAGUACCAGCUCUCUGACUCCACUAAAUAUUACCUUAGCGAUAUAGACCGUGUGACUGCGGAGGGAUACGUUCCCACCCAGCAGGAUGUGCUGAGGGUCCGUGUUCCCACCACGGGUAUAAUAGAGUACCCAUUUGACCUGGAGAACGUCAUCUUCAGUUAUCUUUCGGAUCUGGAUCGUAUUGCAGAUUCCAACUAUCUUCCCACUCAGCAGGAUGUACUCAGGGUGCGCAUUCCCACUACAGGAAUCAUAGAGUACCCCUUCGACUUGCAAAGCAUCAUUUUCAGGAUGGUGGAUGUGGGGGGUCAGAGGUCAGAGAGGAGGAAGUGGAUCCACUGCUUUGAGAAUGUCACCUCCAUUAUGUUUCUUGUGGCGCUGAGUGAGUAUGACCAGGUCCUGGUGGAGUCCGACAAUGAGAACCGUAUGGAGGAGAGUAAGGCUCUGUUCAGGACUAUCAUUACCUACCCCUGGUUUCAAAACUCCUCCGUCAUCCUCUUCCUCAACAAGAAGGACCUGCUCGAGGAGAAGAUUUCCUACUCACACUUGGUGGACUACUUUCCUGAAUUUGAUGGUCCCCAGAGAGAUGCACAGGCAGCGCGGGAGUUCAUCCUCAAGAUGUUUGUGGACUUAAACCCAGACAGCGACAAGAUCAUCUACUCUCACUUCACUUGUGCCACGGACACUGAGAACAUCCGCUUUGUGUUUGCAGCUGUCAAAGACACCAUCCUACAGCUCAAUCUCAAAGAGUACAACUUGGUGUGAGGGCUCACGUACGAUGCACAUCUCCUCCCCAUUGCACAAAUGCACACCUUUUUGGGAAUGUGCCGUCAACUCCACAUGCAUUACACAGCACACCACUCCGGCUCACACACGCACACAGACACACACACACUCUCGCACACACUCCAACAGAACCGUUGCUUUUUUUUCCUUCUUCUUCUUCUUCUCCUUUCCAGUACAGUGAAUUCACAGACCCUCCCACCUGCGAACGUGCCCCUCCUCUUUCACCAAAGCCUCUUCCCCCUUCUCUUGGCAGCUUGUUGUGUCAGAGUCUUCGGUCCUCCCAAAGCUGCUCCGUGUGUCAGAUUUGGCCUCGACUGCUGGCUCUGGCGCAUUUUAUCUGGCACACAAACCUUUCACACGGGCUGUACAGUGACUGGAGGGGAUUUUGGCGUGUGUCUGUGCGUGUGUGUGUGUGUGUAUUUGGGGCAGCAUUGAUUAGCGAGGAGCUGUGUUUUGGUGAAUAGCGGCAUCAAACCCCGUGGCCCUUCGGAGUUGACUCUCAGCAGUGUGAGAUCAGAUCCUCCGCCAUCUCCUUUCUGUGCUCCCGCCAUUGUGGAAGGAAGCGAGUACUGUAUCUCCUGACGCCAUCCAAGAACCAGCGGUGCUGAAGAAGAGAAAAUCAAGAGUGACUCAAGUCAGGAUGUGAGGUCGCACACCAGAAACAACGGGUCAGGGCAGAGGAUUCGGUCUCCACCUCGCAUCUAUGAAUGUACCCACCGGUGUGAGCAUCGCAGUCGCAAAAAAUAGAAGUAUAUAUUAUGAAGUAAAUGCAUAUGUAAACACACUUAAGACAAAAGCACGAGGGGGGCAAGACAUAGCUAAUCAAAAUCUAUUCAUUGCCGAGAUUUUUUAAAGAUGUUUUUAACAAUAGAAAUUUGUUGCUACGUCUAAUUCUAUUUAACAAAUACUGGCUAAAUGGAAAGAUGGUAAGAAACGCUAAGAAAAUCUAUAAAAAUUUUUGCAAAACAAAAAAAAAAAAAAUCGAAAAAAGAAGCAACCAGAAAUUUACUUGACAUAAGUAUCCUUUUAAGAUCUGUUGUUUUUUUCAUGUUUAGGUUAAUCACACGCUUCCCUCCUCCAGAUGUUUUUCUGUAUGGAUUCACAGGGACAAUCUUCCGUGUGACCGUCACAACAUCUGGCUCCACUGAUCACGCGCCCUCAUUACAAAACGCUAGUAGCGGGUGAGAGGAACCCUGCUUUUUGACACGGCUCCGCUCUGAUUGGUGGAAGGCGGAUGCGGAGGGAGUGUGAUGUCAUCAGUGUUAAUCAGCCCACAGAGCACAUCUGCAGCUCGGGCUGCAAGUAGCUUAUUCAACAGAGCAACAGCUGUAAAUGAAACACGCCCCCACGCCGGGUGUGAGCAGAAUCCAUGCGGGAACAUCUCUGAUGACGUCACACCUGCGUCACUCAGCCGUCCAAUCAGACACACUUCCUGACGGUGACACAGUCAUCCAUUAUAUCAGGAUGUGCUUCUGUUUACCUUCUUUUUUUUUUUUUUUUUUUUACUGUGUAGUCACUUUGUUUCUAAAAAGAUUGCUUGCUGUUGAGUGAUGAGAGGAAGGGGGCUACGAAACCUUUCACAGAAAACGCACUCUGAAGUCUGCAAAUGUUGUUUGUGUAUAUUUGUUUGUAAAUACAUAUACACAAAACACUCCUGUACAAAAAAAAACGCUCUGUGGUACACCAUCUUUGGCAAAAAACAAACAAAAAAAGUAACUAAAAAGUAUCAACUUCUUUCAUUAGCAUACCGUUUUUUUUCCUAUGAAUUUAUGGUAGUAUUGAUACUGUGAUUAUGGGUUUUGUUCACUUGAUUAAUAGGACUACACAGAGCUGAGUGGUGAUGAGGAAGCCAAUGGCAAGCGGCAGUAGCCAGAGAAAAGAGGUUCCUCCCAGCCAGCCUCAGAACACCACACUACUGCAACAGCUCUGGCUCCAGAGUAAUACUAUCUAGGGCUGGUUAAAAAAAUCUUCACAGUAUGGUGACAAGAUGAUUUUAAGAGUAAUUAAAGAUUUUUUUUAUUUAUAUAAUUUAUGGACCAGGUUUGAAGGUGUUGAUAAUUUGACUGCUUUUGAUUCUGUCAUGUUGAAGUGCUCCUUUUCUCACAAUGGAGCCUACUUGAGUCUGAACUGCUGUUAAAAAAAAAAAACACAAAACAACAAAAAAAAAUUGAAUGUCUGGUAUAGUAAGGACUUUAUCUCUGCUUUCUAUUUCUUAUUGAGACAUUUCCAGUUGUACUUGCCAUCACAUCUCCAUCCAUUAUAAUACUGUUUGAUUUCUUUAGGAGCCCUCACAUUUGUUUCUUUUUUUUUUUCUUUCAUUUUUGUUUUGGUUUCAAAAAGGAAAAAAAAAACUCUUCUUUCCUCUCGGUUUAUAGAUGCAGCGCUGUAAUGCAUACCUAGAAAAAUGUACAGUACGAACAUAGGUGGACUUUUUUAUCAGUGAUUGAAGACCUAUGCGGUCCAUGCUUGCUGUUUGUAAUUUAACACGAAAAAUUCUGUUGUCGGUUUUUUGCAUCGUUAAUUUCCGGUUUUUUGAGGCUUGCUUUGAAUAGUGCCAGUGAAGUGCAGAUAUACUUUUUUGGUCUUUGACCUUUUCUACAGGUGACUUACCCUUCAUCCUCAUUAAGGGCUAUCACAGUGCAUCAGACAGCGGGGAGUGGAGUACAGGACCACAGUGAACCAAGUCAUCCACUACUAAUACUUGUUUAUAAACGGAGAUUACUCGCAGUAUGUGCUAUAAGAAGUAUAGGCAGGGUGUUAAUGCAAACGUAAGGUGUGUGUGUAGAGAGUUUACCAACACUAGGCAGUUUUCUUUAUGUAUUUCUUUAGGUAUCUGGUCCUUUUGGCACCUCUCUGAUCUUCACUACAUUUCAUUUGUUUGCAUUGGUAUCGCAGUGUUACCUGUAAUACCCCGUGCAGUAUAGAAACACUUAUCAGUAAAGACACUACUACCAGGAUGAGUAUUGCAUGUUUCCCCAAGUAUUUGAAUUGUAGAUGAGAGCCAAGCAAUUUUCAAAGACCAUGCUGGUGUCUUUGCAUAUAUUUCAGCUGAAACCUACAAGUUGCAUGAAGGUUAAUGUGAAUUUACCACUUUUUUUUUUUCAAAAUAGCACUGUUGCCACUUUCAAAUUUUUGCAAGAAUUCGAAGGCAUCGGAUUCAGCAUGAUGCCUUUUCAUAUGCAGUUUCUUUAAAUCAUUUUGGGAGCCAUUAAUCAAAAGCAAAAGUCAAUUUAAUUCAUGCCAAGCAGUGACAGAUUUUGUUCGUGCUGCUGUGAAGCUGCUUUAAAUUCGCAUUUUAAUGUUAACAUUUAAUAUAUUCCUUAAAAAUGCUAAUUAGCAAUGUAAAGUCUGAACACUACAGAAAACCACGGCUGAAAUAUUUUGUAAAUAAAGCACCAGCAUGGUCCUUAACUGCCACCAUUUCUGCUGAAAAUGACACUAACCCCACGCUGAGGAAGCAAACGGCCAACCGAUAGACUGCUGUCAUAAGAGGAUCAGAGAGCCAGUAUUAAAGUGGAACGAUAACCCAGUAUGCAUACCCGAGUAUUUAUCAGUAGUCGUUUUAAUAUUUACUGUGUGUUGAGUGCAGCUCACUUUAAAUGGUGACAAACCAUGUAUUUUUUUUAAAAACUUGACUCUACAACUCUGGCACAUGGUGAAGGGCCGAGUGGCUGUUAGUGUGGGUUUUGGUAGCGUGUUAGCAGCCCCAGUGUUGCACAGUGUUGUUUUUUUUUUUUUUUUUUGGACACAUUUUUAUCUCAACAUAUUUGAGAGGGAAGGCAAGUCUGUAUGAAAUUCAAUCUCCUUCUUUCACUCUUGUCCGAUUUUCAUUUUUAGCCGGUGAAAAGACUGAGCUGGUUUUUCACUACGACACUUAUUUAUUGCCUUUCAUUGCCUUGAAAAGAUGAGGAUGCUGGUCACUUGAUAUGAUUUUCAGACUGCGAUCUGUCACCUUUGGGUGGCCGUCGUCAUGUGGUGCCCCUUCCUGCAGGCUUGAUGUUGGAUUAAGUGAAAUCAAACUUAUCUUUUAGACAUCAGUAUGAAGUUGGUGCAUACUCAACUUAAAGCUUGCUCCCUUUCUUUGCAAUUUUUUUUUCUUUGACAUUACCAAAACACUAUUAUUUAGGACCACUUGAUUUAUUUUUUCCUCACUCCAAUGAAACCUGAAGGUCAACUGUGUAGUGGUGUGUAUAAAAUGCUGUUUUUUUUUCUUUAUUUUGUAUGUAAACCAAAUGUAAAUUAUGUAUUAUACUGAGUGUGCCAACCCCACUCUCUCUAGAGCCAGGCUCUCUCUAAGUGCCAACGCUGUGGUCAUUAUCAGAAGGACCGCCGCCUGAGAUGGUCCCCCUUUUUAAAUAAAACACACCGGAGACUAAAAGGAUAGAUGAUUAAGUACACACAAAGACUUUAUUCUGUAUUUAAGAUUGAAGAUUUAAAAGAUAAUCUGCUGUUUUUUAAGAAACUGUAAUUAUAAUUGCAUGUGCUGUUUAUUUUGUGUUGGAAGUGAGGGCUUGGAUGUUUUAUUGAAGCAGAGCCCUUGAUGAAGGGGGUUCAAUCAGUUGGUUAUUAUCGAUUACUGAUUUACAUAACUCUUGCCAUAUUUUUUUAUGUGUUUCAUGUAUUUGUUUCAACCACUGUUGCCUGAUCCUCAUUCAAACAUGACUUAUGAUCAUUGCCGCCUUCUAAGAGAGAAACAUAAUGACAAGGUAUCUGUUUUAAAUUGAAAUAAAUUUGUUCCUAUACUUGC